AAAAAAAGUUCAUUAUCUGAAUCAAAAUCAGAAGAAUCAAGACUUUUGAUCCCCAGACCACCUCCUUAAACAGCAAGACAUCUCUCAGCCCAUAUAAGGUAUAAAGGGAACCAGACAUGAGCUCUACAAGAAUAAUGGAUAUUAAAAUGCGGGAAGCGGCAGAAGGGCUUGGUGAAGAUAGUUCAGGAAAGAAGAAGUCCAAGUUCAAAACUCUAAAAAAAUUCUUUGGGGGGAAGAAGAAGAGAAAAGACACCUCAACAUCUGCAAGUAGCAGCAGCUGGAAGCCGAGCCCAUCAGAGGAUGAUGUCAUUGCUCCAGUAUCUUUGCCUGUUGGCUAUGACUCAGAGGAUGAACUUGAAGAUCACAAAGGUACCCUGGGGAGCCGAGCCCUUUCACACGACAGCAUUUUCAUUCCCGAGACAGGUCAAGACCCCCCCAGACCAGCUCGGGUGUUUUCUCAGGAAAAUGUAUCUGAGAGGAUCAGAGCCUUACAGAUGAAAAUCCAGUAUAAUGUGAAACUGGGACCCCCUCCUCCAUCUGGGAUUCCCACUAAACGGGGAGAUGAUGCUGGCAUGAGUUCUGAAGAUGAUGGGUUACCCAGGAGUCCUCCAGAAAUAUCUUUGUUACAUGAUAUAAAUGCCAGCACAACAGCAAAGGUCCCUUUAAGUUCUUCUUCCAGACCCCUCUCUCCAGACCAGUUUUUCUCCAGACAUGCCAGUGAUACCAUGACCUCUCCACGGACAUCUGACAGUAGCCUGUCGCCUCUAGCAGAUUUUGAUUAUCCUCCUGAGUUCUCUUCCUGCCUUGAUAACUCUGCAGCAAAGCACAAACUCCUGGUUAAACCUCGAAACCAGCGGUCCAGCAAAAUGAGAAGGUUGUGUUCGCGUGCACAGUCAGAGUCUCUAAGCGAUCUGACUUGUACCCCAGAGGAAGAGGAGGAAGAUGGGAAACAAAUGACCAGAGACCAUAAAGAUGAGAAUUCCAGUUACAGCCAGGAGGAGAUGAUGGACAAGGAGACUGUAGCAAAUAGCCCAGAGAUUUUGAGACCAGAGAAGCCUGAGGAGCCUUCUCAGAGCCAAGAGAACCAAGAUGAAAAGCCUGCGGUACUCCAGGCUCCUGAUUUAUCUGCCAGCACACAGGAGUUGUCAUCACUAGUAAAUAACCCUGAGACCACAAUGGAAGUCAGUGGCUCAGAGUCAGACCAUUUACUUUCUUUAGAUCCCCCUUCUCUUCCAGAAAACUCCACACCUCCUGCUCUAGAUGAAGAACAAAGCAAAGUAGCAUCUCCCACACCGGUGUCUUCUCCUACAAGGAGCAUUUGUGAGGAGUUGGUUUGUACACUUAGUGAAGUCCAAAAUCAGUCUUCUGCCAGCCCUCUAGAUAUGCCCUCUCCAAAGGCUAUUUCCAACACUACUGCAAUUUCAUCCAGUUUAGAUUGUUCAGAAGAGAAUAUACAGGGAUCAAAAGACAGCCUGGACAUGGCCGAUGGUGGGGAAUCAAUGAAAGAAUCCACAAUAACGCCUGGCCUGGGCACCCAGUUACCAAAGAGUUGUUUGAAAAACAAAAGCUCUUCAAUCACCUCAAGUCCCAGUGUUUCUCCCAUUCCUCCAGGUCCCAUGUCACCACAGCUGGGACCUGCCGCCUGGCACCUGGAGAAAAAGACCACCCCUGAAGAGGUCCCCAAGUCUGAGCAGCAAGGCUCUCCUCCCACAACUCCCAAGGGAGGGCUGUCAGAAGGUAAACUGGAAAGGGGAGCCAGUGAAGUGAGGAGCUCGAGAAAAUUCUCUGUGUCUUCCUCCUGGGAGAGACCAAAGGCUAGCAGCCUCUAUCUGAAAGAACAUUCAGGCAGCGAAACUCCAUCAAACACAAAAUUGUCCUUGCUGAAGAUGAACCUGGCCUCAAGAAAUGAGGUGACCAGGGAUAAUCUUCAGAUGAACGCUGAACACCAGGAAGGGAAAUUGGGCAUUAUGAAACAGGCACUCCCAGUCGAGAGUGACUCUCAGAACUCUGUAGGCAGAGAGGGUGACCACACUGGGCUGAGCUGUGUAUCCCCGGCAUCUAGUGCCGUACCGGCAAAGGCAGAUCCUUGUCCACAGUUACCGAGUCAGCCUGUCAUUGAAGACAAAAACCCCUUUCAAGUCAAACUCCGGUCCACCUCGCUGUCUUUCAAAUAUAGAGAUGGAUCUUUCCCAGAAUCAAAAGGAAUGAAGCGAUACAGUGCAGAGAUCAGGGUGGAGAAGGGAGGGUUGACUUUGCUUUCAAAAGAUGAAAAAACUCAAAUCAAAAGACUAUCGGAUAUAAGUGCGAGUAGUCCUUUAAAUGAUAAAGUGAAGGGUAAAGCCAAGUCCUCAGAACAGCUUAGUCACAAGCCUCCAUUACCCAAGAAACCUGUUUUGCAAACUAUAACUACUCCCCACUCUCAUACACUCCCUCCUGGAAACCUUGAAAAACUGGACAAAUUAAGCAAGUCUCCAGAAUCCAGAAAUGAAACUAAGGCCUUGGAGAAAAAGUUGUCUCUUCACAAAGUAGCUGAGAAAAAUAUGCCACCCCCAGCAUCAGCCACUGGUGUCUCAGAGGGCCAUUCACUGCCACCCUGGAUUACUCUAGCCAGGCAGAGGCGUCGGGGGUCCCGGGAACAACAGCAGCCGAGCAAGGAGGAAAAGCCUGCAACACCAGCCACAAAGUCAGACACAGAAAAGCCAAGUGAAGACCUGGACAGAAAAGAGGAGCGCAUUAAGCAACAAGCUGACUUUGUCCGUAGCAAAUCUUUCCUGGUGCAGCCAACUAAAACUGCUGAAGAACAGAAGCCAAGAGCAAAGCUGAACCUCAAAGAAGGACUUCAUCGAGGCAUUUCACUUUCCCAUCAGAACCUGGCAGCUCAAUCUCAGGUGAUGACUGAGAAAGAACUGAACCAGCUAAAGAGGGCCAGUUAUUCCAGCGCAGAUCAGCCAUCCUGGAUGGAACUUGCCAAAAAGAAGUCUCAAGCCUGGAGUGACAUGCCCCAGAUUAUAAAAUAGGGUGACUCAUAGCUGAUUUUAAAAAAAAAAAUCACCUCUUUGACAAGUUAAUAACCCACUUAAUGAAACUGCUAGUUAGCCAUGGCACAGGAUCUGUGAAACUUGAGAGUGAUUUUAUCAUCAAGUUAGGAGUGGGGGAAAUGUGCAGUAAAAGGAUGGUCAAUGAAACGACUCUAUUCUUGGGCCAGAGUUUACCAAAAACUUUGAAGUGAUAAAUGCUUGGAAUAGGACACCUGGGAAGUCAUCCAGAUUCCAUUUCUUAUGGGCCAGUAGGAACAAAUGUGGAUUUUUUUCCCCUUAAAUUCCUUUUGUAAUAUAGAUGCUGCUGCUUGAGGGGAGGGCAGGCUGUCUCAAGUGAAAUGUGGGCUAGGAAAUUAGACUUCUUUGCAAGGCUAGAAUAGAAAUAGUUUCAUGAAUAUCAUGAAUAUGUCCUUCCAUCUGAGAACAAGCCAUUGCCUUUGGAUACCCCCUGAUCCAUGGGUCAUAUUUUCUCUAUUCAUGUUUAUGACCAAGACUGACAUUGACUUUGGAACCAAGAGUGUUCUUUUCAAAAGCAAAGGAUGUGAACUAAUUUAUUUUCAUGAAGAUAAAUCCAUAUGGAGAUUAAAGGGGGAGAGGGAGAGUGAG